UUCUUCUCGUUUUCGUUCACCAUGCGAUUUCCAGCCGCUUCAGUGGCAGUGGAUAGCACCCCACAGCUUCGACUGUUACAAAUGAAAGAUUCCCACGAGACUUAUUCGACUGUGCAACUCGUCCACUCGCCUCUGCCCGAGAAAGGUCCAAAUUCUGUGCUGGUCGAUGUCCCCCAACAAAUUUCACGUAGAAAGCCUACUGCAGAACAGUCGUUCGUUUCAGGAUCGGACUCCAGCCGGUCGUCUACGAAGUCUAGUUCCGGGUCUAGACCAGUCAUGACAACUACUGCCGAUCCUAAUAUUGUUACAGCUGCUUCUACAGAAUCAGUCUCCUCGUCGCCAAAAUGGCUGCCAAAGAAGGCAGACACCGACGACCGGGUACAAAGAAGUCGCGAACGCAAUCGCAUCCACGCUCGAAAGACCCGCCAACGCAAAAAGGAACAAAUGCAGAGCUUGGAGGGUCGAGCUACGGAUCUCAAGCAUGAGCAAAUUCGUUUAAAACAGAUCAUUAACGAAAAGAACACGGCGAACAUUCUGGUGGGGCUCUUUUCAAAAGGACAAUCACAGUCUCCGAACGAAGACCCGCGUGUGGAAGCGCUGAUGUACCGCUCUGUCGAAGAAAUACCCGACCCCUCCAAGAUUCCCGAACUGCCGGCGCUCAUUCUCCCUGGUCAGCAUGCUUCCAAGAAAAUCAAGGUCGCAGUGCCAGUGGUAGCGGCUAGCCCCCAAUCGAUGUCCGACGGUGGCGGCGAAGAGGUUGCUUCUACAUCCGAUGUGUCUGGUGAUGAACAGCAAGUGCCGGAUGACGGUAUUGACUACGAUCUCUUGGGCAAGGACAGAUCCAAGUGUACUCCGGAAGAACUCGAUCAAAUUCGACGGGAACGGAACCGAAUGCACGCCAAACGCACCAGGGAUCGCAAGCGGAUCUUUACGGAAGAAAUGGCCGAAAUGUGUCGGAUUCUCGAAGAGGAAAACCAUCUGCUGAGGGUGCAUUUGGGGGGACUGGAUUCCGAUUUCAAGUCGGAGUCUACCACUACUUCGACACACGUCGUGGAUAGAAUUGACUCGGUCCUAUCGACCCCAACUUUAGCAUCGUGUGCUCCUCCUCAAGAUAUGGUCAGCGUGAGCUUGAGUCCGAGCCAACUUCCAAGCAAGCCAUCCACAAAGGAAGUCGCCUUCAAUCAGCUCCAGACCCUGCUGGAUGUUGCUGGUUCGUUUGAAAGACAACAGCGUGAAGCAGAAAGAAAGGUUCCACAGAUGUGCAGUAUUUCGGCGGCCUCCGAUACAAGUACCUCUGAUAGCAGCCAUCAUCACCGGCAGCGUAGAUGUCACAAAGGCGACAGCGAUCGGCCUGUCAAACGCCAGCGUUAUCAAGUACCGCGAUCCAUUACUACCACGACUUCUCUUGCAGCCCCUGUGGGUUGGUGAGAUGAACGCACCCUUAUGUCAUCCGUACAUCAGCCAAUUCAUGCUGCAGUCUGUCCAAAGGUAUCGCAACACAUCCUUUUGUCAGCCGCGCAUCAUUUCAUGCUGCAGUCUGAGCAAAUGCACCACAACUUGUCCAUUCUGUUAUUAUCUUCCGUCCCCAAUGUUUUCGGGUUUUGUGUUUCUCGCACCACUGCGAAUCAUUCUACAUGCACGUCCAUCACUUUUAGCAUCUUGUGCUCCCUUCGCCUCACAUUCAAUUCGUACCCCACAUCCCUCAUAGACAUUUUCCCCUCUCUACCACCCUACAAUACAAUAACCAUAACACUAACACACGACUCAUUUCCGAAAA